AUGGUCAAUCUAAAAGAGCAAGUGCAAGCUAUUACUACCAGGAAUGGGGUACAACUUCUAGAAAUACAUGUGAAGAGACCAAAGCGAAAAGGAAAGGAAAUAAUGGGUAAAGAGGCUGGGACAGAAGUCGAGUUUGAACAGCCAACUGAUAAGGAGAACGAAAGGAAAGAAACACCUGCAGUGAGAGCACUCAGCCCCGUGAAGGCUUAUGUGCCACGAAUUCCCUUCCCUCAAAGGUUACAAAGAAAGAAGUUGGAUAAUCAAUUUGCCAAGUUUGUGGAGAUUUUCAAGAAACUGCACAUCAAUAUUCCUUUUGCAGACACAAUUGCCCAAAUGCCCAGCUAUACAAAAUUCUUGAAAGAGAUCCUAUCUAACAAAAGGAAGCUGGAAGAACAUGAGAUCGUAUGCUUGAACGAGGAGUACAGUGCAAUACUAUUGAGAAAGCAACACCCUAAAUUAAAAGACCCAGGGAGUGCCAGUGUUAAUUUGAUGCCUCUCUCUGUUUACAUGCCUCUUGGAUUAGGAGAAGCAAAACCUACAACAAUCUCUUUAGGACUCAAAUAUUCCUCUGAUCUUGGGAAGACCGUUCUUGGCUACUGGGAGAGCAUUGAUGAUGUUUAUGAUGGAAAAAUGAUUCUUCGAAUGGACAAUGAGCAAGUCAUAUUCAACGUGUUCAAGGUAAUGAAACACCUAUUAACUUUCGACACUUGCUGCCAAGUUGAUGUUCUUGAAGAGCUUGUGGCGGAUACAUUUGAUAUAGAGCAUCACACAAAUCUUUGUGAGGUAGAACUUGCUCAAUUAGAAGCACCAAAUGCAGGAAAAGCUAAAUGUGUUAUCAACUUAGCCGAGCAACCUAUAGGAAGAAGGCAUUGGCAGUACGAAUCUUUAGGAGACAAUCCUUCUCCCCCGGUACCCUCAGUGGAAAAGGCACCCACUCUUGAACUAAAGCCCUUACCUUUCUAUCUUCGUUAUGCAUAUUUGGGAGAAUCUUCAACACUACCAGUAAUCAUUGCAAAUGAUAUGACAAGGGAGGAGAAGAAUCAAUUGUUGGAGGGUAGAAUCACAGUGGAGAAGAACGAGAACAACGAGAUGAUACCAACACGGUUAGUGACAGGGUGGAGAGUAUGCAUAGAUUAUAGAAAGCUAAAUAAUUCGACCAGAAAUGACCAUUUUCCAUUGCCAUUCAUUGAUCAAAUGUUGGAAAGGUUGGCAGAACAUUCUCAUUAUUGCUUUUUGGACGGAUAUUCAGGAUACAAUCAAAUAGUAAUUCCUCCAGAAGACCAAGAGAAGACACCUUCACAUGCCCUUGUGGAACGUUUGCGUUUAGAAGAAUGCCUUUUGGUUUAUGCAAUGCACCGGCAACCUUUCAACGAUGCAUGA